AUGCAGCGAGAAUCAACUGCUACUAUAAAGACAGCUCCAGCAUCCUACGAACAGAAUUCGCCAGCCAAAGCAAAGAACAUUAUUGAGAUCGACUGCCGGGGCUUGGAGUUCACCGAGUUCAAAGCAGACGGGGAAUGGGAAGCCACGGGUACAGAUUCGGGUACCAAGUUCACUGGGAUAGACCUAUCCGAGGGCGAAUGGUUCGAUUACGAUGAGAAGGCUGGGGAGGAGGUGAGCAUCAAGGACAUCAAGUGGGAGGUGCGGCGAGCCUGA